AUGGCAUUAUCAUCCCAUCCACAAGAGCCCCCUGAGACACUGAAGGGGCAAAUGGAGACCUGUACUGGUCUCCGAGACAACUCUCUGCUAUUGGAAGCCACACAGGUUCUUCUUGGGCAUUCGUCCCAGGCAGCUGUGGUGCCUUCUAAACGCCAACAUGUUUCUGGAAACACCUCUCGAAGGGGCAAAAGUGGAUUCAAUUCGAAGAGUGGACAACGGGGCGCUGUUCUUACCAAUCUGGAAAAGUUGAAAGAGAUGAAGAAUGAAAAGCCUGAGGAGGAGCAGAGCUGCACCUCUGUGAGGAAAGAUGAGACGAACGUCAAGACGGAGUCUGAGGCAGGCGCAGAUGCUGCUGCUGAGGGGAGCAUCCUGCUGGAGGACGACGACAAUGAGGAUUGA